AUUAUCAAUAAUAUCGUGAUAUUAUCGAUAUUAUCACGAUAUGAACGAUAAUUAAAGGAUAAAUGUGAUAAUAUCGUUAUCUCAUAAAAACAAUAAUAUUGAUGAUAUUAUCGAUAUUUUGGUUCUUACCCAAGACCGAGUUCCACCCACUCCCAGGUGCUCAAGAGACGAUUCAUAAGCUGUCAGAUUUCUGUGACCUGUCUGCAGUUUGAAUAAUACUAUGUAAGGAUUACACAGCCUCUGAAAAUUGUUGCACAAGUUCUAGAGUAAGGAGAAGGUAACCCCGAGUGGCUCCAAGCUUGCAGUAACAUGAAAUAACAGAACUAACAGUAUUCAUCCGAGGUCAAAUCGUUGCUUAGAAGGCUUGGUGUGGAGCCGAUCAAGAUUGAAUUGGAUGAACUGGUUGAGCCGUUUAAAUGAAGAUAAGUGCCUUAUGAUUGCAACCCCCCAUAAUCCAGAAACUGUUAUCCGCCUUCAACUGGAGACACUUUUGGCAGAGAAGGCUCGAUUAGCUAACGAGAAUUCAGUUUAUGCACGCGAGAAUCGGUUCCUUAGGGAAAUUGAGGAAUACCACCAGCUAACAAUGCAUGAUGUUGUGUAUUUAGAUGAUGAAGAAGUCACCGAAGCUAACCUAUUAACCAGCCCCAUCGGCGUCUCCAAGAUGCUCUCCAUUUCCCCGCCCUCAUCAGCACCCCCAUUCCCGCCUCUAGAGGACUCUUCAUAUGCAACCUCACCAGUACCAUAAAGUUGCUUCCACCAGACCUCUUGCUUCCCAUCCUUUUUUUCGUUAUCUCUUCAGGUUUACCUUUCACUUUGGCUAUAAGUCAAGUUUUUAGGAUGAAGUCUUAGUUUAUUUGAGUGAAGAUCAGCCGUAUUGAUUUUGUACAAGAAAGAUACACAUAAACUGCAUGCAAGAUCCCGAUAUUUUGUUUUCCACAAAACAAAUAAGCAGUGAAAGAUUUCGAUUGUCGGACCUCAUGCCACAAACUUCACCAUUAAGCUCAAGGAAGGAUGAGAAUUCUCAAACUCCGAAAAGAACGUCCCAACAAGCUCCAUACUUUUCUGCUUUAGAUCGAUCACUUUGUUCUUCAUGUAAAGAAUCAGAGUCUGGUUAGCUUUCUGCUAACAAUUCUAUGACUACAAAGUUGUUGUACAUUGUUCUUUUGUGUUUGUAAAUAAAGCU